AUGAAUAAAAUUGUUUUAAAAGAUACAAAUAAUUUAAUUAAAAAUAAAUUUAAUUCCUCAGUAACGGUGUCAGGUACUAAGGAUAGUACUGAAGAAAAUAUAAAUACCAAAGCUACUAUAGGUACUAAUAGUAAUAUGGGAAGGGGAGUUACUGGUACUAAGGAAACCCCUUUUGGGGGUACUGUAGGACCAAGCACCGUAACGGAGAAAAAAAGAAUAAUAAAUAUAAUGAAUAAAAAUAAAUUAAAAAGAUUAUGUAGAGAAUGUAUUGGUGAUUUUUGGUCUAGAGUUGAUAAUAAUGAAAUUCCAAUAUCUAAUUAUUUUUCUUCCGUUACGGUGUCUCCCGUAACGGUGCUUGGUCAAGCAGAUAGUGGUACUGAGGAAAAAAAUUCUAAUAAAAUUGCUGCACCUAAAGUAACCACUAAUAUCCCUCGAAAGGGAGCUAAUUUUACAGGUAUGGAGUGUACUAUGGGAAAGGGAGCUAAUUCUACAGCUACGGAGUGUACUAGGGAAAGGGAGCUAACUACAGGUAUGGAGUGUACUACUUUUACUAAUACUAAUGAUAAGGGUACUAAGGAAACCCCUUUUGGGGGUACUGCUGGAGCAAGCACCGUAACGGGCACCGUAUUGGAGAAUAAUAAUAUAAUAACAAUGAGUGUAUCGGAUUAUUCAUAUAAAUCAACACCAUUUGGUGAUGUAUAUUAUUCACCAAGAUUCCAAGAUGAAAAGUAUAUAUAUCGUUAUGUAAUCUUAACAAAAGGUGUAAGAAAUGAAGCAUAUCGUUUAUUAAAACAAUCGAAAUCAUAUCUACUAACUGAACAUCAAAUUAUACGUGAACUCUGUAUCGAUCUCUCACCAGGUUGGGAACAUUUUAUGCUCUUUAAAAAUCGUCUAGAUGAAUUAAUAUUAAGACGUAAACUCUAA